UCUAACGUGCUUCCUCUCCCACAGGCCGAGCUGGCACCCAGCCCUGAGCCCCGUGCAAGGGGCAGAGAUGGCGCUGCAGCCGGGAACCCCGAGUGACUUCCCCAGGCUGGUGGCCACGGACAGCGCCCUGCCCAGCCCGCCCAGCGGCCCCAACGUGUCCCUCAAUGGCUCCUGGACUAGCCCGACCGAGCACAGCUCCCUGCAGGACCUGGCGGCCACAGGGGCUCUGGGGGCGGUGCUGUCAGCCAUGGGCCUGGUGGGCAUGGUCGGCAACCUGUACACGCUGGUGGUGGCCUGCCGCUUCCUGCGCGCCUCAGCCCCCCUGUACGCCUACGUGGUCAGCCUGGCACUGGCCGACCUGCUCUACCUGCUGGGCAUUCCGUUCAUCGUGGCCACCUACGUCUCCCAGGACUGGCGCUUCGGCGACGCCGGCUGCCGCGUGCUCUUCAGCCUGGACUUCCUGACCAUGCACGCCAGCGUCUUCACCCUGACCGCCAUGAGCCGCGAGCGCUGUGCGGCGGUGCUGCGGCCGCUGCAUGCCAUGCGGCGCUCCGGGGGCUCCCGCAAGGUGCUGGUGCUGGGCACCUGGCUGCUGGCGCUGCUGCUGACGCUGCCCAUGGCGCUAGCCAUCCGCCUGGCACGCCGGGGCCCCAAGAGCCUCUGUCUGCCCGCCUGGGGCCCGCAGGCCCAUCGUGCCUACCUGACGCUGCUGUUCGGUACCAGCAUGGUGGCGCCCGGCCUGGUCAUCGGGCUGCUCUACGUGCGCCUGGCCUGGGCCUAUUGGCGCUCCCAGCAGGCCUCUUUCCGGCAGACGCAGCGGCUGCCCAGUGCCCGCAUGCUGGGCCUCAUCCUGGGCAUCGUGCUGCUCUUCUGGGCCUGCUUUCUGCCCUUCUGGCUCUGGCAGCUGCUGGCCCAGUACCGGCCCGCGCUGCCGCUGGCGCCGCGCACGGUGCGUGUGGUCAACUUCCUGACCACGUGCCUCACCUAUGGCAACAGCUGCGUCAACCCCUUCCUCUACACGCUGCUCAGCAGGAGCUACCGGGAGCACCUGCGCAGCCGCCGUCCCCGAGGCGCCCCGGGCGCCCCCAGGGCCACCCAGACCGUCCUGUCCCGUUUCAGCCCCAGAGUCCCUGCCUGUGCAGGAGCGGGGCAGAGCCCCGGUCUUGGGAGCCUCCUCGGGGCUCCGGGCUGCCAACCACAGGUGUGGGGGACCCCGUCCUGA